GUCAAACUAAAGGAUUCCAAACUCACGUGCUUUAGCUUGCUUUGAAGGCGGUGCCAGGUUGCUAGCUACCUGGUAGACGGAGAAAAUUGUUGAUAUUUGUUGGAAAUACAAAGUUGAAAAAAUAUUCGUCAACCAUGGGAACUCGAGAUGAUGAAUACGACUAUUUGUUUAAAGUGGUUCUAAUCGGAGACUCUGGCGUGGGGAAGAGCAACCUGCUGUCCCGUUUCACACGAAACGAGUUCAACCUGGAGAGCAAAAGCACCAUCGGGGUGGAGUUCGCCACCCGCAGCAUCCAGGUGGACGGAAAGAUGAUAAAGGCUCAAAUUUGGGACACAGCGGGACAGGAGCGCUACAGAGCAAUCACCUCAGCCUACUACCGGGGCGCGGUCGGAGCGCUGCUAGUGUACGACAUCGCCAAGCACCUGACGUACGAGAACGUGGAGCGCUGGCUGAAGGAGCUGAGGGACCACGCCGACAACAACAUCGUCAUCAUGCUGGUGGGGAACAAGAGCGACCUCCGCCACCUCAGGGCCGUGCCCACCGAUGAGGCCCGGGCCUUCGCGGAGAAGAACACUCUGUCAUUUAUUGAAACGUCAGCCCUGGACUCCACUAAUGUAGAAGAAGCAUUCAAGAAUAUUCUCACAGAAAUCUACCGGAUUGUAUCUCAGAGGCAAAUAUCAGACAGAUCUGCGCACGACGAUUCUCCAGGCAACAACGUCGUGGACAUCAGUGUCCCUCCAACCAUGGACGGGCAGAGGGGGAACAAACUGCCCUGCUGUCAAAGCCUGUGACCCCCUCACGUGUUCUCUGUCGACCUCUUCUGUUUUCCUUCCUGAUUCAUUUCAACUUUCAUGUUGCUCUUGUUACGUUCUUGUGUUUUCAAAACAGCUGGGAUGUCAUUUCAUUUUUUGCUGGGGUUUUUUUUCCUCCUUUUGGUCUUCCUGUGAUUUCUAAGGAAAACAUGUUAAAUAUUUUUCUCCCUUGGUGUGGCCAGGUGAAAGGCGCUUUAAGCAGGCGGAGCCUGUAGUAAACUACAAUCUGUUCAUAAUUCAUGAGACGACGAUCCUAUUGACCCGCUCCCCUUGAGGGACUGGUGAGGGAUCAGCAGGUCUCUUCCUAGUCUGCAUAAAGACUCAUGACACAGUUUUCCACAGUGGAAACUCUUCAUCUCUUUUUUGGUUGACCUGAUUCUGCCCUGUCCUGCUCUAGAGGAGGAGCCAAGGAGAAAGAAGGUCUGAAAUUUCUGCUUGCUACUUUGAGUCCCUUUUGCCCAUCCUGGUAUGAAAUCGGCAAGAGCCACUGGCGACACUGGCUGUGACUGACUGAUUUAAUGUGGGCAGGUGUGAAACAAAUGCUGUGAUUUAAUUGUAUGUGUGUGUGUGUUUCUGGAUGUGUGUUGAUCAUAGAGCACAAAGAUACCAAAGGAAACUAUUGCAGUCCUCAUACAUUUUCCAGGCUGACUGCGAAUAAAAAACAAAAAACAAUGGGUAAUGCUCCAUAGAUGAGCUGUUUUGUUGCCUGCUUGAUAUGUGAAAUCAGAUGAUCUGAUUCCUGUUCUUUUAUCUUAAUUUGGCUGAGAUCAAACUUUGAUGUUUUUGCACUAAUGUCCAACAAUUUCACAGAAACACGUCCAAUCAUAAUUUCCACACACUUAGACAAGAACACUUUUUUUUAUGUGUGUGUGCAGCUUUUGCUGUCUUUUGAAUGUGUUAAAUGUCAAACUGGAUUGGAUUUAAAAUCUGUUUUAAUCUGAUGACAUUUCAGUCAUAACAAAUUAAACCUUUUCAAGUUUUUACACUUAUCUGAGAAAAAAGGACCUGAAAACACAUUUCAGUAAAUGGAUAAAAUGGGGUUUUUUGUUGUUUUUGUUUUUUUCCCCCUCGUGUUGGGGAAAGAAAAAUUCUGUACAAUUUAUCCAAUGUGAUGUAACAUUUCCACAAAAUAAAUGCCUGCCAAGUGAGCAGUUUUCUUUGGCAUUGCUCAUGAGAUGCUGAAAUAAAAAGAAGUGUGUAAAGCCA